CCAGACCAAGACCGAGACCUGCCUGCUUGGUGGAAGAUGUCCGAUGAUAGGCGCGGGACACACUCUCGGCGCACUAUUCGCAGGAUUGUGAUAUGAUGAAGCAACAGGGUCAUGAGGAGGGCAACACUGACCACAGGGGAGAGGGCUGAUAACCUGGAGCAAGGGAAAAGGCUGAAAAAACAUGUGAAUGAAUGUGUCCGCCGUGCAAAUGCUGCACUUCAGGAGGCGGGCACACCGGGAGCCUUGUUUUCAGCAGCAGCAGUGGGCGUGCGGGCCAAGCUGAGGGAGGCAUGUGAACGUGUGAUUUUGAUGUUUCCUGGUUCUCAAGACCACCAGGUGGAGGAGACUCUAUGGCGCAAGGUUUACUAUCAACCUCUGCAUGCUGCAAAGGAAAUGAGGAAGGGCAACAGUUGGAGCACUGUUGAGGCCUAUUGGGUGUAUAGCCACCUUUGGGAUGGCGUGGCUUUUUACCACUCCCUUCUGCACUCCCUAGCUGCACAUGCCUGCCUGGCUGAUUUCUUGCCACAUCAGAGUAAUGAUGAAGAAGAUGGAUCUGGCCACCCUGUGACUGGAGACAGUGGAAGCGACACAGUGGCUCGCUGCCUCACGUGUCUGGGUGACCUGACCCGCUACAUGCUGGACCUGCCUUCUGCUCCACCAUACCACCUCUCUGUCCGCUACUAUCUCCAGGCACUUCACUAUCUGCCUGAUGGAGGUCUGAUCCACAGCAACUUGGCUACUGUCUAUUCUGUAAAUGAUCAACCUCUGUUGGCUGUGGCACAUUACCUGAGAGCGCUGACUUGUGAGAAAAUUUUUGAAGGAGCUGAAGGUAAUUUGAAGAGACUGCUGGGGAAGAGCCGCUCCUAUUAUGGCACUGGAGGGGAGGAGCAGGCAGACCAUCAUAAGAUGUUUCUACACACUGUCCUUACACUGACUGCUUGCUUUAUCAGCAACAGAUCCACAGAAGAAAUAGCAAGGUUGUGUCAAGAUGUUUUAGUUCAACUUGGAAAAGCAUUGGAGACCUAUGAUGAUGUUGAUAAUGAAAUGCCAGACAGAUCCCCUUCCCCUCACACUUCUGCUAAUGGUCAUCAUGCAGCUCUCCAGAAUGGUCAAGAUUCUCCUGAAAGCACAAAUGAGACCAUAACCACAAAGGUCACUCUGACCCCAGAGGUUAUGGUCAUUGUGUGCACAGUGUUGUCCUUGUGCACCAAAAGGCUAGAAAAGCAAGGUUCUUCUCACACCAGCAUGGCUCAGGCUCUCAUGGUGUCCGUCCUUAUGACUCUUAUUUCUCAUGUCAGCAGUCGUCUGGAGCAGCGCAUCUCACUCAUUGACCCCACUUGUCUUUCCAAACUUAUUCCGAAAGAUGAAAAGGAGAUUGAAGAAGAGAAUAAGAAGGGUAUAGACACAGAAGAGACUGUAGAUGAGGGAAAUUCAGAUCUAACAGUUGGUAAUGGCAGUGUAAAGAAGACCAACCUAAAAAAGAACCAACGCACCAAGAGGCUUGCCAAUUUACGGAGGCGGCGACUGAAGGUUGGAGGAGGAGGCUCUAGCGGCAGCCAAGAUGAAGAUAGCUAUUCAGAUGCCUCUGGAAGUGAGGAAGAUGACAAAAAUAAUGAAGGAGGAAUUAUGUCAAGUGAGGAAGAAGGAGAAGAGGAACUUGAUCUCUCUCAACUGUGUUCCUCAGAGGAUGAUGAUUCUGAUGAUGAUGUGAAAAUAGAGUCAGACCAAGAAUGGGAAGGAUUAACUGCAGGUGAGCAUCUGGAGCUUGUCAGCAAGGAGGGGAUGCUGUCUGCAGUGUAUGUUGCCUGUGACUGGAUGAAGAGGGAGGAAGAAGUGAUCCAGCUCUGUGUGAAAACUGCUAAUUCCUUAUGGACAGCAAUAGCCAAACUACUGAACUUGUUGCGGGUGGAUUUAGAACAGCUUAAAAACAACUCAGUUGGAGUACGUAAUGAUGUCAUAGCAGUUCUCCAAGAAAAGGACCAAUCUUUAGAGAGUCCUCGCAGCAAACUAGAAGAGGCCCUUAAGAAAACACCCUUGCCUGAAGAUUUGAUGUUGCACACACUCAUCCCAACUUUCAUAUCUGGCACCCACAAGUCCCUUAAUCUAAAAACAAUGGAAAUAAUCUUGCUUCGUACCCGCCGCCUGAGUGACUUUGGACGUGAAGUGAGCAUGAGGAAAGAUACCCCACUGUGGUGGGAUGCUGAAUCUGGACUGCAUAACUUCUCACUUGACCAUGUUGUUUGUGAAGAAAAGGACAAGAACAAAAAAAAUGAUUUGGGAAUCACAAGUCAAGAAUUAUCGUCAUCACCAACUGAAGAAGACCUGCUGUCAGUUCCACCAUCCAAGAGAGAUUCACGACGCCUGGCAGGCAUGCAGUCUCUCACAGCUCAGUGGUUGCAACAUGAGGUUCGCAGCUUGGAAGAGAGGACAAGGAGAGUGACACUUGGUCUCUAUUUAGUUCCUGAUGCCUCUGUACUUAUCAAUCACCUCCAAGCCAUACAGUUAUUGCUGUCAAAACCUACUCAUAUGAUCAUUAUACCACAAGCAGUUAUUGGUCUGCUAGAUCAACAAAAAAGAGAUAGUUUGGGUGCCCGCAAUGCCAUCCGAUGGCUAGAAAUCAAGUUUCGCCAUGGGUCACGCUUUAUCAGAUCUCAGCGGCCACACGAGCGUACUCACCUCCCGCUUAUAAAAUAUCCAAAACGGAAGGAUAAGGAAGCUUGGGAGUGGUACCAGAUUGUGGAAUGCUGCAAUUAUCUCAGUGCACAAGUACAGCAGAAUUCUAACAAUGUUAAGACAGCCACUGUGACUCUUCUGACUGGGGAGAAACACCUUAGUAGUGCCACCUUCUCCCACUCUGGCCUCACUCAAGCUGCAGGGGCAGUACUGGAGCACAUUGAAGAGUUCAUGAGCAAAUGGCAAACUUCAACAAAAGGACACAGCUGAAGGCAAAGCAGUGGAAAACCAAAAGUUGACAAGUCUAUGAAACCAGCUGUCCCUGAGCAUCAAUCCAGCUCUGAACAGGUCCGUGGCUCACUGCUGACCUGUGGCGCCAUCAGUCAAACCUGUGGUAAUACUUGUCCUACAUCAUGGACAGUAACACCAAAAUAGGCACAUGAAGAGCCUAAGAUCUAGGGGUUUGAACAGAAUGCAACAUUCUGAAUCAGUAUUCUGAUAAUCCCUUCAAUAAGUUCCAAACAAUCAUUGCCAUCUAAGUUUCUUACAGAUUUUAUGGUGCAGCAUAUAAAUCUGCAGUUCACAUUGGCUUUGUUAAGCAGAAUGAUAAGAGGGAUUUGAUUAUUAUAUAUAGGUAUUUUUGCUGCAAACCUGGUAUGUACCAUUUUGAGUUACCUUGAUUGGUACUUAGAAUGUUCUGUGAUACAUUUAGUUACUUCAGGAUUUUUAGUCACUGCUGAAUUUCUAAUAACUUUGUUUUCAUACUUAAUUAUAAUUUUUUCUCCCUGAAACACUUUAAAUUUUGUUUAUGUGCAAACUGGAACUGUUUGAGUUUUAUUCAAAUAAAGUUGUGAAAAGUA